UGGUCAUUGACCAGAUCAUCCUUGUAGCACUUGUGUUCUUUGCGCAUCAUUUUCACGAUGAAUAAAAUCUAUGUGUACUCCUGUCUUCUUUCUGCUCUGAGUAUUGUGGAGGUCCAGCCUGCCAACAUAGAUGGAACUGUUGGAAAAAGUGUGACGUUCAAAUGCACCGGCUGGAACGUUUGGAAAGAUGUAGAAACAGAAGAUAAGUUCUUUUGUAGUCUAUGCUCAGAUGACAUCAUCACUGCAGCGUCUGGAAAGACUGUACGUAAAGAUCGAAUACAGAUAACUAACCGCAAAGAUGGAUUAGUUGUGACUUUCAUGAAUCUCCAAAAGUCAGACUCCAAGAAGUAUUAUUGUGGAGUGAAGGGAAUAAUCUUCUACGAUUAUAUAGAGAUGAAUCUUAAAGUUACAGAUGCCCAGUCUUCCAGUCCCAGCCCAACUCCGACAGAUAUUACUACUACUAUUACUAUUAUUACUGAUAUAUCUACGUCAUACAUCAUCAAUUUUACAGCAACUAUUGCUGCAACAUCAACACAAGGAGCUGGACAUGUGCUAUUUUCGAUUAUAUGUGUCAUUAUUGUUAUAAUUGUACUGGUCGUCAUGCCAACACUGAUAUGGAAGAUAACGAGGAAGCAAUCAAGAAAAGAAGACACACGAGAGAGCCCAGCAGAUACUGAAGGAGUCUACCAAUCACUCCACCCAUUAACGAAGGAUGAAGACCAAAUCUACAGCACUCUCCAACUCACCAACAGGAGCCCCACAGGUCCUGAUGGAGCCCAAGAAUCACUCCACCCAUUAAUGAAAGAUGAAGACCAAUUCUACAGCACUCUCCAACCCACCAACAGGAGCCCCACAGGUCCUGAUGGAGCCCACCAAUCACUCCACCCAUUAAUGAAAGAUGAAGACCAAUUCUACAGCACUCUCCAACCCACUUAAAACAAUACGGUUCUGGAGUCGAUGUCUGUGGAUACAAGAAGUGGGUCAUAGAUUUGGAUUCACUCAAACACAACAAUGCAAAUUUGUUCUGCAUACAUAUUUUGUAUUUGAAAUUAUGAUGUGAACAAUAAUCUGUUAAAG